AUGAUGUAUUUGGUUGUAUUUUUGUUCACCCAAGCCUUAGGACAAGAAACUUGGCGGUAUUCUGUCCCACGUGAAGAUCAAUCAGUGUUCACAACUGAAGACACUAUUCAACUUGAAUACUUCGGGAACCAGUUAGUUCGUUGGUGUUAUCCAAAACAUUGUUUUUUCAAUCAGACAAGGACUACUUUGACAACUAUGUCUUGUYGUAAAUCAGGAUACUAUCCCAUCAGUCCUGUCUUGAGCGAAACCAUGGUCAGUAUGUCAUUAGAGGUUUUCAGAAUUUGGGUCUUAAAUCCUAAGUAUGCAGCAAAAGAAGAGAAAAACGGCACUGCAAUUGUACCAUCGUGGUUUUCUGAAAGACUUUCGUUCAUAUUCCACUACUUCGGACAACACCCCAAGCUUACCCUGAGGUCUGGUUAUGCAUCAGUACCAAAACCUCUGAAGUUCAUCAAUGUAACCUUUAAUACAAACUUCAGCUACUGGGAGUUCAUCACUACUUAUAUCAAAAGCCAUCAAAGCGUUAUUUGGAUCAGUGGGAAUUCACUUGCUCUCUAUAACUGCUUCAUAAGAGAUGGCCAGGUGCAGAUACUUCAUCCCAAGUAUGUUAUAUCAGCCUUUCCUCAUGAAGUACAGCUCAUAGGUGAUGGUCAACCAGCUCGCCUGAUAACGGGAUCUCCGCCUGUUGUUAAAGAUGUCUUAUUCUUAGAUACAAAUAUACUCAUUCUCCUGGAGGUCGGAAAAGUAUUAGCCUAUGAUGAAGAGGCAGGAGUGUUCACUAGAUCCACAGGCUUGGCUGGUCAUAACAUCACUCACCUUGCUCAUUCCACUCCAUGUUUCGACGGGCAGAAUUCAAAUGGAACAGACCAUGACAUYGUUGCUUGGUAUAACGUGGAUGGUAAAGUCAAGACCUUUAUUUCUAUCGAUGGUGAUAAUAAAUUUGAUGCCCUGUUUGUUCCAUGGCCCAGUCCGUCUUCUCCGCUACUUUUGCAGUAUUUUCGUAAAGAUGAGACAUGGCAAGAACGACAGUUAGCAUUUGCAAAUUUUACAGAAGCUGGUCCUUUAUCGUUUACCUUUAUUCCAUAUAACACUCAUUUGAUCCUGAUCUGGAGUGCCAAGUCUAUCAUCUAUGGAAGACUUAAUGGACAAGGGACGAGACUACCGCUGACCACACGUUACGGGAAACGCCUCUAUGACGUAACAGGGGCAGCAGACAUUUUGACCAUAACAACAGGUCCUUCUGGAGACUAUGUCGCGUUACUUCAGGAUGGCAGAAUGUUCUACGGGCGGGCUGGUGUGCAAUUUUUAAUAGAGAUAUACCCCGGUGAAGCAGAUUCUAAUGGACUAGCCUUGAUGUUUGAUCUUACCGGACGUCUUUUGCUUCUGUCAAAUUCAAGAAAAUCCAAUCUUUAUGUGUAUGCAUUUGGUUACAGCAGCAGUAGAAGCAUAGAGAGAAGACACCUGCCCUUGAAGAAUGAAGUUACUAGUGGAAUGUAUCCCAACAUCGAGUGUCCUUUUCUUAGAUUCUCUACCAAUGCUUCAGCUGGUUUACAGUACAUCGACAAAGGCGAAACCAUAUCUCACGAUGUUUCCAGCUCCACUCUUAUUGAUGUAACAACUGAAGAACGAAAGCAAUUCUAUCCUGCCUUGACUAUAGUAAACAAGACUUUCACCUUCAGCCAAGUAAAGAAAAAUGGUACAGGAAACAGCACUCAGUUUAAUACAGGACCAAUAUCAGUCGUAUUUCAUCCUGUACAAGUUGGAUUAACUUGCAACAGCAUCUAUCAAACGACGUUGCUGAUUGAAGUAUGUUGUCGCCCAGACCGUCAUAUCAGAAUACGCAACUGCAGUUUUCCAGCAACACGAAACCAGAACGACACAGAUAAAGAAUAUUAUAACUACCGCGACAUGGUACAAUGUGAACUAUCCAGCCAAGUAGGACAACAUUUUAUUCUUGUCCUGGAUUUAUAUGACGGCGAGGCAAACAUAACUGAAGUUCAUCACAAUUAUGUUCUGUGGGAGGAAGAUGAAAAAAAGGGAUAUGAAUACACUGCCACCAUGAGUCAGGUUGGAUGUAUAAGGGAAGCACAGACCUGGAGUACGAUGGGCACAUCUUGGAAUCAAUAUAAUUACGAGAGUUGUUUUGAUAAAAAGAAUGAUGCAAUGUCGGUGUUCAAUGGUUCUCAGCCUUAUCCUAUUGUUAAUAGUUCAGGGUUAUCUCGCAUUUCCUUUACACAAGAAGGGUUAUUCACGUUCACUUUUAAAGUCAUCGAUCCAAAUGUGGUUUGCGUCACAGUAUUCGGAGAUCCACAGGAACGGCAGGACUUCUACUUGGUCUGGACACCAAAAAAUCUUCUCAAGGAGACAGAUCUAUGCCCGUAG